CCAGUGCAUUACUGUCUUUAUGACAAUGUGAAAGAUCCCGGUGCAGAUGGAGUCUGUAACUUGCAAAAGGGUAUUGUUUUGUAAUAUCCAUAUUGUACUUCACGUUUGUGAACCUUAAAAAUGUUGUUUUAUAUAAAAAAGAGCGUUGCAAAUUGUUCAGUUCAGCUCCGGGACAGAAAGAAAGGAUUGUGCAUAUGCGCAGGUUCAUUUCGCUGCAUGAAUAUUUAUUUUAAUCCGGACAGUUACUGUAAAAUCGAGUACAAUGAUUUAUGAAACUGCUGAAUCACGACAGUUUCGGGCUUUUGUUAAUUCGCCACGCUGGCAUUGUGCUAGAACUAUGGCUUUCUACCCUUCAAUGUGCUAAUAAUAUUAUUUCGUGGUUAGGUGCAUUAUGAAGAUCAAAUAAUAUUAAUUAAAAAAAUUAAUGAGGCUACUGUAUUUUUUUUACAGCUUUAUGCAAUAUUUAGAAAAUCACAUUAAAAAUAGACGCAUCGUCAUUGUGUUUACGGUGUGCUAAUGGUUUUGUAGCGAUGAUGGCAGACUGCGUCAGCACACGCCAGCACUGCAGCUACCCAUUCGGCCUCUGGAAGAAGAUCGUGCUGGCAAGAGUACAUCAGCAAUAAAAACGUUCUCAACUGGCACCAGAUAUGGAGUCAGGGGGCGUAACCAGUAUAGAUCCCAAGCUGGAAUAUACAUCUUCAUCUGUUUCCAGUUCACACCUGGACGUGAACACUAAUGAUGUCUUAAACGGGAGCAUCAGUGAUAGCAACGUCAACUACAUCAGCAAUGCAGCAACACCAAAAGGAGGAAGCGACCCCAGCGUGUACCUUUCUUCAAAUUAUCAAGGACUCCUCCGUCAAAGGUUUGUCAGGAAGAACCUGUGGCUGUCCGACUCUGACGACCAAACGUCUGAAGCCGCUGAAUGUGACAAUAUCAACAAGCCCGUGAAUGGGAACAUUGACAGGACACGUGGGACGCGCCGGGAGACGUCGAGCACCGAGAGCCAAGGCGCUCACAAGCACAGUGCCACGGAGAGUGUGAGCGCUGACGAAGACAAGGAACGCAAUGACACUGAUCACAAAGUCCACGUUGCCGCCUCCGACCAUGAGAGCAGCACUGGCAAAGCGGUCAGCGAUGAGAACGAGGAGGAGGCGGAGAUGAAAGCCGUCUCCACCUCACCAAGUGGCAGGUUUCUCAAGUUUGACAUUGAGCUUGGGAGAGGAUCCUUCAAGACCGUCUACAAGGGUCUGGACACGGACACCUGGGUUGAAGUUGCCUGGUGUGAACUGCAGGAUCGCAAGCUGUCCCGGGCAGAGCGGCAGCGUUUCAAGGAGGAAGCUGAGAUGCUGAAGGGCCUCCAGCACCCCAACAUUGUGCGCUUCUAUGACUUCUGGGAGUCUGCAGUCAAGGGCAAGGGGUGCAUUGUGCUGGUGACUGAGCUGAUGACGUCUGGAACGCUGAAAACGUACCUGCGCAGGUUUAAGCUCAUGAAACCCAAGGUGUUACGCAGCUGGUGCAGACAGAUUCUGAAGGGCCUGCAUUUCCUACACACCCGGACCCCGCCCAUCAUCCACCGUGACCUCAAGUGUGAUAACAUCUUCAUCACGGGCCCCACGGGCUCCGUCAAGAUCGGAGACUUGGGUCUGGCGACACUCAAGAGAGCCUCAUUUGCGACGAGUGUCAUAGGAACCCCGGAGUUCAUGGCCCCAGAAAUGUAUGAAGAGCACUAUGACGAGGCUGUAGAUGUCUACGCCUUCGGCAUGUGCAUGCUGGAGAUGGCCACCUCGGAGUACCCUUAUGCUGAGUGCCAGAAUGCAGCGCAGAUAUACCGCAAGGUCACCAGUGGGGUCAAGCCUGCCAGUUAUGACAAGGUCACUGACCCUGAGAUCAAGGAGAUAAUCGGGGAAUGUAUCUGCCAUCACAAGGACAAGAGGUUCUCCAUCAAGGACCUUCUGAGCCAUGCCUUCUUUGCGGAAGACACAGGGCUGAGGGUAGAGCUGGCCGAGGAGGACGACGGCAAGAAGUCGUCCAUUGCUUUGAAGCUUUGGAUUGAGGAUCCGAGAAAGCUGAAGGGCAAGUAUAGGGAGAGUGGAGCCAUUGAGUUCACGUUCGACCUGGAGAAGGAAGUCCCAGAGGGUGUAGCCCAAGAGAUGGUGGAGUCUGGCCUCUUCCAAGAGAGUGACGUCAAGGCUGUGGGUAAGUCGAUCCGCGACCGGGUGUCUCUAAUCCGGUGGAGGCGGGAGCGUGCAAUGUCUGCAGAAGAGGGGGAUAAGCAGAAGGAUGGAGGCAGUAUGCCCUGCCGCAAGGUCCCUUGGGAGACAAGCCCCCCUACUGUGCCUGACCCCCAAGAACCAACGGCUGAUCAACCAGCUGGCAUACCCUACAUUACUUCCCCCUCAGACAGUGCCAUGGACGAAUGCCUUGGCUUUACUGUGCAGACAGACGUGAAUGCCGGACAGCACAGCUUCAACGUGAUACAGCCAGACCCCAAUACCUGUCAACACGUUUUCAACACAGUGCAGCCAGAUGCCAGCGUUGUGCUACAGAGCAUCAACACAAUACAACCAGAUGCCAGUGCUGGUCAGCACAGCUUCAGUACAGUACAGCCAGAUGCCAACGCUAGUCAACAUGUCUACAACACAAUACAACCAGGUGCCAAACCUGUUCAACAUGUCUUCGACACAAUACAACCAGAUGCAAGCGCUAGUCAAAAUGGCUUCAACAACAUGCAGCCAGAUGCCAUCGCCAGUCAACAUGGCAUCAGCAUGAUUCAGCCAGAUACCAACACUGGUCAGCACAGUUUUAACAUGAUGCAACCAGAUGCCAACUCUGGUCAGUACAGUUUCACUUUCAUGCAGCCGGAUGCCCGUUCUGCUCAGAACGUACCCUGUCUGUCCCAACAGGAGACUCUUUUUCCUUCUGUCUCAUCAGUCUGUAUCCCUUUAGCCUCUGAGCUCCGGCAGCAGCUCCCAACCCGGAUGCAACAAAAUCUCUAUCAGCCGCUGUCGACCCAGCUUUUCCAGGAAUCCUACCACACACUCCCAGCUCAGAUACCCCAGGGGACCUUCCAGACACUGCAGACAGCCCAGCUACAUCACGUUCAAUAUCAGGCUACAUACCAGACACUCCAGGGGUCCCAGCAAUCUCCCUCAACUCAGCUUUGCCAGGGUCCAUAUCAGCACCCUCCCAGUAUAGUGAACCAAGGGCCCUACCAGUCACCUUCGUCCCAGUUGGGGCCCUAUCAGCAGAAUCCUGUUCCCGGCACAAUGUUGACUCCAGAACUGGCUACAUCAGUGCUCUCCACAGAGGAUCCCAGCCAGGUCUAUCAACAGACCCGAGUGUCUGUUCCACCUGCAGCACCCACGGUGCACCAUGCCCUGCCACCAAACCUGCAGAUUCCUCCAUCAUGCCUUGUUCCAGCAGAGGGCAUUCUUGCUGGAGGUGAACAGUUCCCUGGUCCUCCUACUUCUCUGCAUCACAGUGUCCCCAGCAGUAUGGCCCCACCCGCCCCCAUAGUCUCUAAGGACUUCCACAUGGUGGAAUCGGUCAUGCAUCUUUCAGCAUCCAUACCUGUCCAGUCAACCCCAACCUUCAUGCCCACACAGCAGCUAUCUGCUGCUCCACAGCAGAUCCCAAACACAGCAGGUCUCACCAUGGGCUCCACCAGUAUGCCAGCCUGUCCUCAGAUACUUAACACAACAGCCCCCACUCAGCCUGAGCAUGUCGUUUUUAUUCCAGAGCCUUCUGAGCAGAUCUUAGCUGGAUCACAACCUCCCGAUCCAGACCCCAGCUUGUGGCCUGAAGUUCUAUCUCCAGCUGGACCAAAGCUGAACCUGAACCUAGCCAGUGCAAUACAGUGCAGCACCACUGCAAUGAAUGCCAACCAGGCACUGGAUUUGCAGAAUAACAACAGUCUGCCAGCAGCUCCCCCAGCUGAGGUAGCAUCACAGCCCAGUGUGGAGGAGGCUUUACCAGAAAAAAUGAUGCCAUUUCAUCAUUACGGCUAUGACAGCCUGAAUUCGGAUGCUGCCUCAGGGAAGGAGCUGAGUGACAGCUGUGAGGGCUCCAUGGGCAGCGGCAAGGCGGAGGGGAAGUCCAGGAAGCACCACCGGCGGUCAACGCGAGCACGAUCGCGACAGGAACGCACCAGCAAGCCCAAACUAAGCAUGCUCAAUGUCUGUAAUACUGGGGAUAAGAUGGUGGAGUGUCGUCUAGAGACUCACAAUCAUAAGAUGGUCACCUUCAAGUUUGACCUCGAUGGAGAUGCACCUGAAGAGAUCACCACCUACAUGGUGGAGCACGACUUCAUCCUGCAGCUGGAGAAGGAGAUUUUCAUUGAGCAACUAAAAGAUAUUGUGGAUAAGGCAGAGGACCUCCUGAGUGAGGACACUGAGGGAGAGAGAAGCUCAGGACCAGGCAGCAGCCCCCAACCAGACCGUACACUUGUUCUCCCCGGAGAAGAGACUGCGAUAAUGACCCCCUCUGACAGCAAGCAGCCCGUCUAUCAGCAGAACGUGCUCCACACGGGUAAGAGGUGGUUCAUCAUCUGCCCUGUGGAUGAAAGCCCUACACCCAACAAGGAAGAGUUGGCUUCACCUGCUGCUUCAACUCCCCCUCCUGCUGCUAUGAAAGGUAACCAGCAUGGUAUGGAGGCAGUAAACAAAGACACAUCUGAGCCACUGGCCAGUGCUGCCUCCCCACCUUUUGUGGCUGAGGAGAUUACCCCAGCAGAGCGAGCUGGACCUAGCGUCACCGUGGAAGUGCAAGGAGGCACAGGAGAACAUCGCGGCCUGCUCAGUCCCCAGUUACUAGACGAGCCCUCGGGUGUCCUCGUCAGAAGCAUGUCUCCCAUCCACACAGCCCAGCAGGCAGUGGAAAUCGUUCGUGCUGCCACCGUUACAGACGGGGUCCCCUGUUGCCCCCUAGUUGCAUCCCUGUCCCUGGAGGCAAACUCUAUUCAGGGGGUGCCGCUGCAGGCACUGUCCGCUGUGGAUGCAGUGACCACUGUGGAGCCUCCGCCUAGUGGACAGGGAGGCUCCGUGCAACAGCCCGUGGUGCUUCAACAGCCCAGUGCCACAUCUCUGCCGCUCUCCCUGCCCCAGAGCCCUGCCCCGUCUCAGGCGGCUUGUCUCGGUGAAUCUGAUGGGGAGGGACCCCCCAGGGUGGGCUUUGUUGACAACACUAUAAAAACCCUGGAUGAGAAGCUGCGCAACCUGCUGUACCAGGAGUACACACCACUGCUGCCUGACACGCCUGAGUCCGCCAGUGAAUCUGUCACCUCGACGCCCGGCCGCGAGAGGACAGGUGGCCUGCCCCGAAGAGGAGAACAGCUGCCUCAGAUUCCUGAGCGGAUGGACAGCCUCACAACUCUCAGUGACUCAGCUGUAACCGCUCCUGAGUGGGGCCAGGCAAAGCGUUACAUAGUCCCGCACUCUGCAUCCUGUUCAGGGUCAAAAAGUCGCUUCAAGCUGUUUCCUGCUACGCCAGAAAUCAGACAGCAUCUGGAGCAGAAUCCCAGGAGUUGGAGCCCCUAUUCUGCCACAGCACCUCCUGUUGUUCAGGGCAGGGAAGAGAGCUCUGAAGCGAAUGCAGAAAAGGGGGUAGUGCCUGUCACUAGCAUCGGCAGAUUCUCCGUGGUCAGCACUCAAGAUGAGGUCACCCUGAGGGUACGCUGCAACAGGUAUUCUGCCCCACCAGACUUCUACCUGGACCCGCCCCCACCUCCAAGACGGAGCCCCUCCCCUGUGGCCGCAGUGAGACCAAAUUCUCACCAACGUUCUUCUGAUUCUGGGGAAGACAGCAGCCCCAUCAAACAUCUGCCCGCCCCGCAGUUCCAGCGUCCCCCCAGUGAGCGCAGGGGCAGUGACCUGGUGAAGAAAGCUGUGGCGUUUCUGAAGAGGUCAGGGCGUAGCAGCAGUGUCCACAGCUCAGAUUCACCUGCCCACGGCAGCACUGGCCACGCCCACAUUGUCCACGCUGCUACUUUCCAUUCCUGCUCCUACGUCAGCAGUGACAAUGACUCGGAGUUUGAAGACCUUGACAUCAGGAAAGAGCUACAGAGACUUAGGGAGAAACACAUGAAAGAAAUUACAGAGCUCCAGGCCCAUCAGAGACAGGAAAUUGAGACGUUGUACAAGAAGCUGGGUAAAUCCGUGCCUCCCAGCUUGGGAUUCUUACCAACAGCACCACCUGCUGGCCGCAGGCGGCGAGCCAGCAAACACAGGCUCAGAGCUGGGAAACUCCUCAAUCCACUGGUUCAGCAGCUGAAAGGCGUGACCAGUAAAACCAGUGAGCCCGCCACGACCUCGCUGACGGCUUCUGGAUCCGCCGAUGGCGCGUUCCGAUCCAAUGCUGGCCUGCUGCCCACCUCAACCUCAGUGCCAGUCCAGACUCAGCAGCCCUGCUCUCUCAGGGCCUCGCUCUCCACAGAUAACAUCUACUGUUCAGGCUUGCAGAAAGCAGGGAGGAUGGCACACGGUCAGGCAGCCCAUGGCUGGACCACGCAGCCUCACACACCAGAGAGAUCCAGCUCCAAGUCCGGCAGCAAACCGCGAGCUCGAUUCCUCAGUGGGCCCGUGUCCUUGUCCAUCUGGUCCACCUUGAAAAGACUGUGUGUAGGCAAAGACCGCAGUAAUAAGUCAUCACAGAGUGGCGGGGUGGCCCCAGCGAUGGUAAAGCAACCCCCAGAUUCAACCCCCCCUCCAUGCCAGCCAGGGCUGCCUCUGGCCCAAGCUAACAACAGCAACAACAAGAAAGGCACCUUUACAGAGGAGCUGCACAGGCUGGUGGAUGAUUGGGUGCGGGAGACUCUGGCAGCGAAGGAGGCCAAACCCCUUCUUGGUCUAACUAGUCCGCAGAGCCAGAGGCACAAGGGGGAGAGCAGAGCACCACCCUCUGACACCAGUGAGGAGGACUUUGGCAGUGUUCCCGGUGUAGGGAAUGUUCAGCCACUCUUCUCCCACACUGUGCCCCCUACACUGGCAUCCAUGGGGUCCGGUUAUGCCAUACGUCCAACCGGUCCAUUCGGAGAAGAAACAGCAUGGCCUGGGAUAGUUCCGGUUAAAAUGCCAGGAGCUACUAGUGCCCUGGCCUUUCCUUCCAUGACGAGUUCCAAGUCCCAGGCCUUUCCGCUGCCUUUGCACAACCGAGUAGAGACAUUCAGCACCAGUGCAAACACCAGCUAGUCCUACUCUUUCUUUAAAGUGUUGCUAUAAUUAACUAGCCCUACUAUUCUGAGCCACUGCACUAUCCAUCUUGUUUUAUAAGUGAUAGCUAAUUAUUAUUAUUAUAAUUAUACAUUAAAUUAUAUUAUAUAUAAUUAUUAUUGAGUCUGCUAUUUCUCCUCUAUCGCCAAGUGUGGCUAAUGCUAAGACUUGUUAGUUACACUCUUCCUUCGCCAAAUGUAGCUAAUGCUUAUGUCAGCUGAUUCAAUUCCUCUUUGGCCAAGUUUUCACAACACUAGUCAUAGGUGUAUGCACUUUUCUCUGUUCCAGUAUGGCUGAGUGACAAUACUAUCUUUUCUUAGCCCUGGUUCACUCUGUUACUAGCGAUAGCUAUCAUCUUUUUUCACCUUCUCUCAUGGCUAAUGCAAGGACCAGCUGGUUUCCCAAGUCCUGUAUGUCGUAUUCUAGGUUCAUCUUUUCAUUAUUUGUGGUGUUGGAGUGCAGCAAAUGCUAGGACUACCUGUCCUCACUUUUGUUUUGUCCAUUGCGGCUGAUCGUUUGACCAUAGGACUACCUCAUUCACAUAUUUCCUUGAAAGUGCUGGGGAAAGAUGGCUUGUGUGUGUUUAGAGUUGGGGAUGAAUAGUCCAUGUUGUCAAUGGCCAAAGGUUUUAAGUAUAUUUUCCUUUAUUGAGUCAGUUAUAGAAGGUAUGAAGUGGCACUGCAUCAGAAAAAUUGCUUCAAAUAAAUAUAAUCGGAGAUGGAAAGUGAAUUUUCGCAUCCUCUGUCUGAGUGUGGCAGGAGGCAGCCAGUAGUUAAAGCAGAAGGUUUGCAUUAGAUGAGGUUUUUCCACAUGGCCAUUAAGCUGCUGGUCCCUUUACUCAAUGUAAACUUCAAACAGUCACUGUGAUUUUUUCUUUUUUCAUAGAUAUUUACUAUUAUCAUUCAUUUAGGAGACUGUGAGCUAUUGAUAGCUCUUACAGAAGUAGUAUUCAUCAAAAAAACUUAAACUUGUACUUGAGGUGACAAAGAGUAUAAGUGCCUUCAACGAUGCUUUUCAAAUAAUUCAGCAAAGGAGCAUGUUGUUUGUAAGGUUUAACUCUUCCUGUGUAUGUAUACUUCUCAUCAGUAUAAAUCUGCUUUGUGUCACAACACAACCAAAUUGGAACAAUAUAAAGAGAAGCUACCUGUGGAGGAUUUUUGGCUUAUUUCUAGUGACACACAUGCUGUUUAAUAACUAUUUGAAGACACCGUCUCUUGGGAUGACAUUGACGCAGAUUACACUCAGUGGCAGUUUCUAGAAUGGGCCCCAUUCUGUAAAUUCUAUCAUACGUGCAUUUACCAGACCACUCUGUUUUGUCCAGUAAGUCAUAUUGUAAUAAGUUAUGCAAUAAUUUUAUGAGUGAUAUAUAAUAAUUACUGUAAUUUUUUGGGGAGAGCAUGAGGGUUCAGCAGGUAGCAUUGUGAUAGUCCCAGAAUUGUAGAUUUGAUUCUCCACUCGUCUCUUGGUGUGUGGGGAUUGCAUGGUGCAUAUGCCGGUUUCUUCCAAAUACUAUGGUUUUUAUCUACUGUGCAAUGACCUGCCGUUCAGCUGAGCUGGUGUCUAAAGAAUUCCUUGUUGUGCAAUUGCCCUGCAGUGGAUUGGUGCUGAAUUUAAUGUGCUUCAUGAGACCCUGUUUGGAUAAGCAGCUGUUGAGAAGGAUAUGUAAAAUGUCAAGUAACCGAGUGCCACUGUCAUUUAUGUGAUGGCUCAGGCAUAUUUUAGGUAUUUAUGUGGACUGUAUGAGAGAGUAGGUAUCACUCACAGCUGCUGAUCUUGCAAUAUAGCCAAAGGUUGUGGACGAGAGUAACCCAAUUGCCACAACAAAAUAGAUAUACACAAGUACAGUGCUGGAAUGGAAGAACCGCUCAUACAAUGAAGCAUUGUAGAUUUAAGGCAAGUGUAAUGUAUGAAUAUUAUAGGCGUAAAGCAUGUGUAGUGUGUGUGUAGCAUACUUUAGGGUUAGAGCAGGUAUGGUGUCUGCCAUAUCAGUCUUGAGCUAUUAUAGUAUCCCCAAUUCACUCUGUGACAGGAUAUAUGAUCACUUUAUCCUCCUAACUGCACAGUUUAUUUACCGAGUUUUUGUACCUUGAUUUUGGCAAAUUUCAGAAAAAAAAUCUUGAUACAGUGGAGAACCCAGCAUGUUUUCUUCUAGUUUCUUCUACAUGAAUAAACGGAAAAAAGAACAAAAAAACCCAUGGAAAACUCUGCACUAAAUUUAUAUAUUACUACUUUUUUUUAAUAAUAAUUUUAUUUUUUUGCAAGUUAAGGCAAAAUUGUACAAUACGAAAAACAUUUGAAAAUAACUUAUUUUACUUUGUUAUGGAUAUAAUUUGCACAUAUUUUAGGAACCCUACUCAACUAAGUCUGUUUUUUUCAGAACCUCUAUAAACAUAGCAGUGUCAUUGAUAAAUGUUUUUUUUUAUUAUUCAUUCACCAAAUGUCUAUGUCAUGCCUUUGAGUAGAAUUAAACUUUUAUAAAAAUAUUGCGCAGAUUCUGCUCUCUACUGAAGUAUUACUCCUGUUUCUCUUGCAUAUUUCUGCGCUGUGACCAAAUACAAGAACCGUCACAGAGGCUUGCACUUUGUAGGAUUGCUUCUACCUGCUGUAUAAUCCUUGCUUUUGGUCACAAACAUGGAACCUGUUUAAUGAGUCAAAUAAACCUAUUCAAUUUCUGAA